UUUGCAGGUGUGUUCUUUGACAAUUAACGUACACUUGUCACUCGGCUCAUUACAAAAGAAGUGGCUCACAGACGAGAUAUGCUGUGUUACAACGUGUCAUGCCUGGCACCCACAGUUGGGGUUGCUUCCACAACGUUUUCGACAGCACUGCAGUUUUUCGCAGCUGCUACAUGCCUUCUUAAGGAUGAUUCGCCUCCAGAUGCUAAUGUUUGUGAUUGCGAAGAGUUUGACUUUAUAAUAGUUGGUGGUGGAACAGCCGGAUGUGUUGUUGCUAAUCGACUCAGUGAGAACGAGAAAUGGAAGAUACUGCUCAUAGAAGCUGGAGGAAAACCGCCAAUUGAGAGUAAGAUUCCAAAUCAAGAUUCAACAAUGUUUCAAACGGAAUACGACUGGAGGUACAGAACUACCUACAACGGCGAGACAAACAACGCGAACAAAAACAAUUACAUCAACUGGCCAAGAGGAAAGCAGCUUGGUGGGUCUAGUAAUAUUAAUGCAAUGUUAUACGUCAGAGGUAAUAGGAAUGAUUUUCAAAGAUGGUACGACGCCGGUAACAAAGAAUGGCAUCCAGAUAUAGUUUUUGAGUAUUACAAAAAAAUCGAGUCUUUACAAAACAGAGAGUUGCUAGAUAAUCCCGAAACAAGACAAAACUAUGGAAGUAAUGGACCCGUGGUUAUUAAUAGAUUUAACAGUACUUAUCGAUCCCUAACGGAUAGAAUACUUCGUUCUUGGGACGAAUUAAAUAUUAAGAAUGUUUUCGACUUGAACACAGCUAAUGUUAUGGGAUCAGGAGUAAGUACUGUAACAGCGUAUAACGGAUUCAGAGCAAGUUCCGAUAGAAUGUAUCUAAAUCCUGUUCAGGAUAGACCUAAUUUGAAAGUCUUGAAGAACACUUUGUGUACCCGCGUUUUGAUCAACUCAGAAACUAAAGUCGCAUAUGGAGUUGAAGUAGACCAAAAUGGUAAUAAAAAGAAAUUUCUCGCAUCCCGUGAAGUAAUUAUAAGCGCAGGCACAAUAAACACUCCUCAAUUGUUAGUACUAUCUGGGGUAGGAGAAAAAGAGUAUCUUCAGAGUUUAAAUAUUAAACCUAUAGUUGACUUACCAGCUGUAGGUGAGAACUUACAAGAUCAUUGUACUAUACCUGUUACGAUUUUCGGAGAUGGCCCUCGUGAAAAAUCUGACGCAGAAAAGAAUUUUGACGCAAUCACUUACUUAUAUAAUGGUACUGGUGAAUUAGCUCAAAGUCGUUUAUUGGACGCCCUUGCGUUCUAUUCCCUAGAUGAUAAUGCUACGUAUCCUGAUUUUCAAAAUCAUAUACUGAUCUUUAGACAAAAUUCAUCUGCAUUAAAAAGAAGUUUAUCAAACGUAUUUAAUUAUCAAGAUUCCAUAGUAAAUUAUUCAGUAGAGCUAAAUAAGAAUCACACUUUAUAUUUUUUUAUUUUUAAUCUCUUACAUCCACUUUCGAGAGGAAGUAUUAAGGUUAUUUCGAAAGAUCCCAAAGACCAUCCUCUUAUUUACGCCAAUUACUUCCAUGAUCGAAGAGAUUUAAUUUCUGCUGUGGCUGGAAUUAAAAAGCUUACACAAAUACUACAUACCAAAUCAUUUAAACCAUUUAAUGCUUUUUUGGGUAGGAUGAAUUGGCCUGCUUGUAAUGAAUUUGAAAUAGACAGUAAUGAUUACUGGGAAUGUGUCUGUAUAAAUAUGGUGUACACUGUAUAUCAUCCUGUCGGUACUGCUAAUAUGGGCCCUGACCCCGCUACUUCAGUGGUUGAUGGUCGAUUAAGGGUUCAUAAAAUGAAAAACCUGCGUGUAAUAGAUGCUAGUGUGAUGCCGACUCUUACAAGUGGAAACACACAAGCACCUACCUACAUGGUUGCAGAACGAGCAUCAGACUUAGUAAAAGAAGAUCACGGUAUGAAGAUAAAUUCAUGAAAAAUAUGUGAUUAAACUAAUUAAAAUAUUUAUAUAAAUAUAUUAUUUACAUACAUUAA